UCUCGGGAAGCCAUGGCUUGCCUCCCCAACCUGGUCAGCAAGAGUAGCACCCAGCUGGGGGAGCAGAGCUGCACAGGCGAGGGCGAAGACAACACCAAGCUCCUCGGGUUGCCUAAUAUUGGCAACACCUGCUUCAUGAACUCUGCUCUGCAGUGCCUGCUGGGGCUGCCAGCAUUUUGCAGAGACAUCCUGAGACAGCAGAACAUCUGGAUUUCCUCCCCCUCCUCUAAACUGCUAUGCUGCUUUGCCAAGUUACAUCAGGCCAGGCUUUCUGGAGGCACUGUUAAUGCUAAGAACAAGGAAAAUAAGAAAAUCCUUCAAACAGUCAAGCGCUGCCUUUCCGUUGUCAAUGAGGACUAUGAGGAAGACUAUGAACAGGAUGCCCAUGAAUGUGUGUUGCUCCUCCUCUUUCAGCUGAAGGAGGAGGGUAUGGCAUUAAAGGGCUCACCAGAGCCAUACACCUGCCCCGUGAAGCAGUUAGAAUUCAAGCUGAAGACUUCCCGUACCUGCACCAGCUGUGGAGUUAUAGUGUAUGGUCAGGAGGAUUAUAAUCACCUGUCACUGAGCCUGAGCCAUUACCUGACACACAGCCUGGACCUCUACUUUAAGCCAUCUGCGUUAGAGUGUGCAUGCAGGGUGUGCUCAGGCAGCACAGCAUCUGUGACUAGGCACUUCCUCACGCUGCCCCGGGUCCUAAUGCUUCAUAUCAAGCGAUUUACUGCAGGCUACUGGGAGCCAGAGAAGUUGGAUGAUCCCAUGUCCAUCCCUGCAGAAAUAACCCUCCCAGCCGUAUGUGGGAAGACAGCCCAUGUCCAGUAUGGAGCCAGGGCAAGCUCCCUGGGUAGAAACAACAUGGACAACACACCUGCAAACUCCCCGAAAGGCACCCUUGAUAGACCAGGCCACUACAUCAGUGAUGUUUUGGACAGCCGUGGCAGUGGGUGGCUCUGCCUGGAUGACGCACAUGUCUUGAGGACAGAUGAGGCCACUGUGCUGAAGGAGAUUGCACAGACUGCCUACAUCCUGUUCUAUGUCUGCAGUAGAGAAGGUGAAGGAGACCAGGCCCCUCACUACCAGGAGAAGCACCAGGAGAACCCAUCAUUAAACUCAGGGAGAGGCACAGCGCUCAGGGACCACCUGGAGUAGCACGUACCACACACCAAGAAACAUCAGAUUAAUCGAAUUAGGCUGCCCUACACCACCAUCAACUGCCUUAGACCACCAUCAAGCUGCCUUAGACCACCAUCAAGCUGCCCUACACCCCCAUCAGACUGCCCUACUCCACCAUCAAGCUGCCCUAUACCACCAUCAAGCUGCCCUAGACCACCAUCAAGCUGCGUUACACCACCAUCAAGCUGCCCUACACCACCAUCAAGCUGCC